CCAACCUAAACACAGUCACCAUCAGAAAACAAACUCAAAUCAUUCAACAGAAAAUUAAAGAAGAAAAACAGAAAAUAAAAAAAAAGUUCAGAAUCAUAAGAGGGACAUACUUUUUUUUGUUGUUGUUGUUAAAGAAGUUAAUCACACUGGUUUUGGUGAACAGUUUGGAGUGUGAAGAGCUUUGGAGAGCUGUGUUUUUGGUAUAUAUGUUUGAUUUUUAGCCAAUAUUCGUAGUACUCUUUGUUUAAAAUGGAGAAUUGUGUUAUUGGCUUUGCUUCUGAAUUGCCAUAGCAAGAAAAAUGUUCCAUUUUGUAUAGUUUUUGGGAAGGACAAUAUUGUGGGUGGUUGAGUGAAUGAGACUUUGAAAGGAAAUGAGUGAGGAAUUUGGGGUUGGAUUUGAGAUACAAUGACUGGAGUGUCAUUGGGUGUACGUAUGUGGAGUUAUGGGACAUUGCCGGACAUCAAUGGUGUUAUUCCUGGGGAUGAAAAGUUAUUGCAGUCCAAAUCUUUGGUCAAUGUACGAAAGAAUUCAACCAAGAUGUUUUCAGGUUUUAGAGAAAAGGAGAGGUCUCUCCCCUUGGUUUGGUGCCGGUGUCUUGGUUGUCGGAAGUUUUCCAUGCUGCUUCUGAUUGCCUUUGCCCUUUUGGUCUUUGUCUUGGGUUCUUUAGCAGUGGACAAAGAAACCAUUAGUCUGAAUGUUGAUCAACAGAUUGGAACUCUAAGCAUGGUUCUUCCUUAUGGGAAUGGUGCCCCAAGCAAUCCUGGAGCUUCAUGGAUCUUUGGCAAGAAAGAUAAGCAGAAAGAUGAAAAUUAUUUAGUGGCAAACAUUCUGAACGAAGACGAUGAAAAUAGAUUUCGAAUUAUUGGUUCCAAAGGUGCAAGUGUUUUACCAUCAAACCAUCCAUGCGCGAAGUUCACAUUUCCUCCUCCGCCUCCACCUAAUCUUAGACGGAUUGGACCUCGCCCAUGUACAGUAUGUUACCUCCCUGUGGAUCAGGCUAUCGCUAGCAUGCCAAGCUCCCCCUCAGCAUCUCCAGUGCUUCAAAAUUUGACAUAUGUUCACGAAGAAAAUCCAAUAAAAACUGAACCACAUGGGGGCUCUGACUUUGGUGGAUAUCCUUCUAUAAAGCAGAGAAGCAAUUCCUUUGAUGUAAAAGAGUCAAUGACAGUGCAUUGCGGAUUUGUUAAGCGAAGUAAACCAGGCCUGCAGACUGGUUUCGACUUUGAUGAGUCUGACGUUGCAGAGUUGCAGCAGUUCCAUGACAUCAUUGUUGCAUCGGCCAUAUUUGGGAACUAUGAUGUAAUACAACAGCCCAGGAACGUUAGUGAAGAAGCAAAGAAAAAUAUUCCUUUUUACAUGUUUAUUGAUGAAGAAACGGAGGCAUAUAUUAAGAAAAAAAGUAUUUUGGACAGCAGUAAAAGGGUGGGAUUGUGGAGAAUUGUUGUUGUCCGCAAUGUUCCUUACAGUGAUGCAAGACGUAAUGGGAAGGUCCCGAAGCUUUUAUUACAUAGAAUCUUCCCCAAUGUUCGCUACUCUAUAUGGAUUGAUGGAAAGCUCCAGCUAGUUGUGGACCCUUACCAGAUUCUUGAGAAAUUCUUGUGGCGCCAAAAUGCUAAUUUUGCAAUCUCAAGACACUACAGACGGUUUGAUGUCUUUGUAGAGGCUGAAGCAAAUAAAGCUGCCGGAAAAUAUGAUAAUUCCUCGAUCGACGAGCAGGUGGAUUUUUAUAAACAAGAGGGUUUGACACCAUAUUCUGAGGCCAAGUUUCCGAUAACCAGUGAUGUUCCCGAAGGUUGUGUACUCAUAAAGGAACAUAUUCCGAUCACAAAUCUGUUUACCUGCCUGUGGUUCAAUGAAGUUGAUCGUUUUACAUCCAGGGACCAGUUAAGCUUUGCGAUGGUAAGAGAUAAAAUAAUGGCAAAAGUUGAUUGGAAUAUCAAUAUGUUCUUGGAUUGUGAAAGACGCAAUUUUGUCGUACAGACAUACCAUAGAGAUUUAUUGGAGCAAAUGCCUCCACCAGUUGCUAAUAUGAUUCGACGCCCUCCAGCUUUGCCUAGUAUGCGUAGAAGAACACCAGGGAAGAGGAUUACCAGACGGAGAUCCAGUUCAAGGCGUCACCGUAAGGCUGCUACUGGUAAUAGAGAUCAGUUUCUUUUAAGUACUUUCUGAGCCAAAGGGGGGUGGGGAGUGGGGAAGGCAAUGUAGCUUUCUUGUUUUCGUUUUUCUUGAACAAAAUCAAAUUGUUUCUGAUUGUCAUCACGGAGUAGUAAUAGUUAGAUGAUUCUAGGAUCAUUUAAAGAGUAAAUUGGUACUUCUUUUUUGUCUGAAAUUUUGAUAUCUAUUCUUUAAUUGUUAUACAUCCUGAUUGAGCUUAAUCAUACAAGCUGCUGUCAUUUUCCUUGUA